UCUUGGUGCAAGAGAUAGUGUCAUGUUCCCUUUUAGCAUCAGAUAUGAAUUAGUUGCCAAGCGUAUUGCUCAAUUCUUGUAAUCAUCAAAAUUUCAGACGUUGCUGAAGCGGAGACCAUAUCAUCGGCAAGCUGGUGGGCAGUCAUCCAUUGACCAUGACAGCAAUAGUGGCGGUGAGUAUGGCUCUACGCGAACAUCUCCUGGUAUUCGAGAUCAUCGCAUGUUGCAAUCGAGCAGUCGGAGCCAAUCUCACUAUGAACCGCUUUUGACUGCCAAAGCCGCAUUUGGUGGAAGUUUGACGUCAGGUCUUCCUAUUAACCGAAACAUCAAACAGGAAUCACUGCCGACGUGUUCAUUCUGCCUUUUGACUAAAAAAGUUGAGGCAGCUGCUGAGGCUGAGAAGUUUGAGCUUCGCGGGGAAGCGAACGUAUCUCUCCAGUCCGCUUCGAGGACUCCAGAUACGGACACGCACAGCCGGCACCCGCUCAAAAGGAGGUUGCUUGCCGCCGUAGCCGCUGAACAGCAUAGCCCUACCAAAAUACCUCGGCCGGAAUCACGAGAUGUGGUGGUCAUAGAAGAGCGAAAGGCAUCGACUGCUGAGAAAAAAGAUUCCAUCAUUGAACUUGACAAUGAACAUCCAGGUCUUGUGCGAAGGGCAACGAUCGCAGCUAUGCCUGGCCUGCAACGUAGUCACUCUGUGGCAGCUCCGAUCGCCGUAUCUGCAGUCCCAUCCGUCAUGCAACCCGUUCCUCAUGCUCCAGCUCCCGUUUGUGCACUGCAAAGUGCUGGUAGUUCGUCUGCAUUUGCCUCCCCUAGUGGAUCUGCAUUCGUGCCUCAGCCAACGCCUGCCAGUCAGAUCCCAAAGAAAGAAGAAAACCCAUUCAGCAUCGAAGGGUAUGUGCUGGAUGGGAACACAGAUAAGCCGUAUACGCUGGUACUAACACAGGCAUGCAAAGUACAGUCUACAACUGACGUGGCUACUGUCCGUAGGUCGCGAGGCAGGAAUAUCACCAGUGAGACUUUUGUUUGCAUGCACCGUGCUCAGCCAAUGUUUGUCGAACAGAAGGGGAAUUUGUCAAUGUACAGCAACUGGCAUCAGGUAAACAUCAAUGAAGCUGAGUCUAAAUUGAACCUGUUGUACAUGGGAAUGUGUUCUACAAGGCCGCGAACGGGUGUGAAACCAUUCUGGCGGUACAGCGUUGCAAAUCGUGACCAUGGACAGUACAAAAUGACUCAUUCUUCCUUUUGGGAAUAUAGGAAUAAGGUGAGACGUCAGGCUGAGCAACUACAAUCUGUCAAAGACGAUAAUGAGGAUGACUUGCAGCCCUUUCUUGAUGGUCUCGGAAACGAUGCGAAGCCGGCGGUGGAUGAGCAACUGGAUGAUCGCUUUCGUGAACUUCAGGCCAAUGACGUAGACUCAUCCGUCGCCAUCGGAACGGUCGAGUUCAUUCCAGAGGAACCAAUGAAGGAGGAGUCAGUUUGA